ACGUGUCCGCGGCGUAGCGCACACCCGGAAGCAGCGGCUGGAGCCGAGCGGGCCGCAAUGAGUGGGGAGCCGGGGCCGCCGUCGGUAGCGCCCCCUCCCGGGGAGAUCGAACCGGGCAGUGGGGUCCGCAUCAUGGUGGAGUACUGUGAACCCUGCGGCUUCGAGGCGACCUACCUGGAGCUGGCGAGUGCCGUGAAGGAGCAGUAUCCUGGCAUCGAGAUCGAGUCGCGCCUGGGGGGCACAGGGGCCUUUGAGAUCGAGAUCAAUGGACAGCUGGUGUUCUCUAAGCUGGAGAAUGGGGGCUUUCCUUAUGAGAAAGAUCUCAUUGAGGCUAUCCGAAGAGCCAGUAAUGGAGAACCCCUAGAAAAGAUCACCAACAGCCGUCCUCCCUGCAUCAUCCUGUGACUACACGUGACUACGCUGGUGCCCCUUUGGGUACCAGGAGGGAAUAGAAGCUUCAGUGGUCUUGGGAGUGGGAAUA